CUGGCACACAUAGCGGUAACGUUAUGCAGAAGAGGCGGCCAUGGCUUGGAAGUCGAGGACUCGAAGUCUACAGGUCUACAGAAAGGGGUAGGGGAAGAGGAUGCCCCCCCCAGCCGGACCGGCCGCCUGUACCUUUUUGAGUUUAAGCAGGAGGGACCGAUGGGGCCCCCGCUCACCGAGCUUCAGCGCAUGGACACGGCGGCCAUUUUAGACAUGAAAUGGUGCCACGUGCCUCUGGCGGAGAAGCCGGUGCUGGGAGUGGCUGCUGCCACCGGGGAGCUGCAGCUGUACGCUCUGUCGAAGAGCCAGGAGGGGCGGCGUGGUCUGCAGACUCUGGGCAGCGUGGAGGUGGGGGCGGAGCGGCUGGCUCUGUCUCUAGACUGGUCCACCGGAAGAAAGGACAGCAGCGAGGUGCGGGCGGUGUGCAGCGACUCGGCGGGCUGCGUGAGCGUCUGCUCCCUGGCCCAGGCCGCUCCGGUGGCCACGGCCCACUGGAAGGCCCACGACUUCGAGGCCUGGAUAGCAGCCUUCUCCUACUGGGACACGCAGCUGGUUUACUCCGGUGGCGACGACUGUAAACUCAAAGGCUGGGACCUCCGAGUCUCUACCUCCAGUCCCGUUUUCUGCAGCAAAAGACACUCGAUGGGCGUGUGCAGCAUCCACAGCAGCCCCCACCGGGAGCACGUCCUGGCCACGGGCAGCUACGACGAGCAGGUGCUGCUGUGGGACGGCAGGAACACGCGGCAGCCCCUCAGCGAGAGCCCCCUGGGCGGCGGGGUGUGGAGGCUCAAGUGGCACCCGGCCCACCCCCACCUGCUGCUGGCCGCCUGCAUGCACAACGACUUCCACGUGCUGCACUGCCAGCAGGCUCUGGAGGGCGGUGGGGGGGCGUGCCCCGUGGUGGCCUCCUACAUCCUCCACAACUCCCUGGCGUACGGAGCCGACUGGUCCCAGCUGUCCCUGAAGGGCCCGGCGCCGCGCUCCCCCCCCCCCGCCGAGCCAAAGCGAAGCCCCGCCGAGAGCAGAGGACACCUGCGCAUCCAGUACGAGUCCCCCACCGCCAGCUUCCACACCUCCCUGGAGGACGACGCCGGCCAGUACAUCCCAGAGGGGGCCGCACCGCCCCCCCCGGCAGCUCCAGCCCCCGAACUGGACCAGGACGCCCCCUCCCUCUCCUGUCUGCUGGCCAGCUGCUCCUUCUACGACCACAUGCUUCACGUGUGGCGCUGGGACUGGACCCCGGAUUCAUUUUGA